GAAAACCAGCGACAAACACGUCACUUUGGGCGGUCCAGUAACCCAGAAUGGAAUCAGACGAUGGUUUACCCUAACACCACCACUGAAGCACUCAGGGAAAAGUUCCUAGAAAUUAGUGUAUGGAAUUACGAUAAUUAUAAACCCAGUGAAUUUCUCGGAGAAGUAAUCCUUGAUCUGGCAAAUGAAUCCUUGAUCGACGAGCGAGCAAGAUGGUAUAAACUGCACAGUCAUGACAAGAAUCGUUAUCCACGUGACCCAUCUGGGAAAACGCGAAAUAUCCUCGAAAAAAACGGAGCUGGCCGUAAGAUGACGCGUUUGAACUAUGCCAACGGUGAAGUUAAAUUUCAUCCCGAUCACCACCAAAAGUUCCAUAAACUUUAUCAUCGUAAAUCGGUGGCAUCAACAGAAUCUACAAAGGUGAGUAGCCAACAAAGAAAGGUCCCCAUGUUCCCAACAACUAAUCUGACAGCUCAUCCACUCAUGCCUCAGGGCUGCAAGGGGGCGGGUUGUAACAUAUUUUAAAAAUAAAUCCUGAAUGUCGCAUACGAUAGUGCUGAUCAAGAAUGUUUCAAAGUUAACUUGGAGUAUACAGCUUCAAUGUGAGUGUACAAGAGUGGUGACAUCUAUCUCUUCUAUGGAGUAUACAGCUUCAAUGUGAGUGUACAAGAGUGGUGACAUCUAUCUUCCAUGGAGUAUACACCUUUAAUGUGAGUGUACAAGAGUGGUGACGUCCAUAUUCCAUGGAGUAUACAGUUUCAA